AUGAACGUAAAGCAUUCAAAUCGAGAUAAAAUCAUCACAGAAUGGUUCUUUCACGAAUGGAUCGGUGACAGCAGCCAUUUACCUGGACCUGAAGAUGUGUUGCUUUUUAUGAAGAUUGUCAUCGAUGUUGUCUCUAUGAACAGAGCAAUCGACGAUUCCGAACGAAACUAUCUCAUUGGCCGAGCUGCGAUACUUGGUACUGAUAUUCAUCGGAUUUCUCCUUUUUCAUUCACAUUUUAUGUUUUUUUUUCCACAGGAGUACCCGAAGAGAUGCUAGAAGAACUUCAGACAUAUCAAGGAGGCCUUGUGGAAGACGUUGCUAGCCUUGAUAUGCCUCAUAUACGGAAGACUCGCAUGGGUAUCAUUUACAACUUAUUUCGAAUAUUCGGUAUUGAACGUAAGAUUAGUCCCAAAGAACUUAAAUUGAUACAUAACUUUGGCAAUCAGUUGGAUGUUACGAAAGAUCAGAUAAAUCAGAUUAAAGAUUUGUUCGAAGAAGAAGAAAAAUUACGGCAAAGACGAGCACAGCUGCUUUUCCCAAAAGGAUUCGAUGAUGUUCUGGUCGAAUAUCAAAAAUACAAUAUCGGAAAAGGCAAAUUCGGUAUAUAA